AGUUUGAACCAGUGUCGUCCUCCAAGCUGUCAGAACUGGUCUCACACAUGAAUCCCCCUGUUGUCCUGUAGACAUCACUGUCAAGCUAUUUUUUUUUUUUUACCACAGUCCGCCUCUUUGUUUUGGCUAUAAUUUUAGCUCUCAAACACACGGAUUUGUCUCUUCCACUUUUAAACAUGCAAUUGCACAACUAAAGAAAGCCAGCCUCAACCCCACUGGCCAUAACAACUACAGGCCCAUCUUGACCAUUUAUUUCCAGGAAAAGACGACUUGGUCUCUUCCUAUUUGAACUUGUUCAACAGCCUCCAAAUUCCAGUCUGGUUGGAGAACAGAAUCAGCUCUGCUUAAGGUACGUAACUACAUCCUUCGCUCUGUAAACUGGUUCCUGUGUCAUUUUACUCCUGCUCGAUCUCAGUACAGCGUUCAACACGAUCAAUCUAACCCGUCUGCCUCGACUGGAAAGCCAUUUGAUGUUACAUUAUGUUGUAGGUAGAUGCAGAAGUGGAUCCAGAACACAAUAUAUUGUAUUAAAAGCAACACUCUUCUUUAAUAAAUGAUCUGUUGGUGAGGUUGCUGGCAAGGCUGAGGUCAACAGGAGGCAGGCAGGCUAAGAUGGCGUGGUUCGGCUGGCGUUUAGCGGAGGUAGCGUGAGGUGAGCAAGGAGGAACCGUGUGAGCACAGCAGGCCCAGCGCCAGGAAGUGACUGAAGAGGCAGUUAUGCCACUUCACACAUUUGUUUUCAUCCUGGGGUGACAAUGUAGCAAUGUUUUCACUAGAUACAACCAAGUCCCUACCUUACCAUAUAUUCUAAAUUUAAUGCAGCAUAAUGUUAGUUUAUUAGGCUGUAUUCUUAUUUUUAUUAUUCUUAUUCUUAUUAUUAUUAUUAUUCUUAUUAUGUAGGCCUAUAACAGGGUCCUUAGGCUACUGUUCUGCUUGUUUUUUCAGACUCCCAUUGGGCAUCUAGACCAGAACACACACAUAAGUUUAAAAGUCCAAAAAAAAUGUAUUUAUUAUCAAUUCCAAAAUUCAAAGUAGAUUUUUACCCAACAGAAAAAUGUUUAAUGAUCACUUUUGCUAUAGAAUAGCCUACAUGGCGGUGUAAACGAUCCUCCGGUAAAAACCACACAAGGGAGCCGCACGCUCUCUUGAAAGAAGUACAAAACACAACUAUCACAGGGAAAGACUAUUUUAAACUACAUGUUUAUAGAUAUAGAGAAAUAUAUACAUUUGAAAAUACUACACACUGGACCUUUAACCAGCAGUCAGGAUCAAGCUGCUGCGCUGCUGAUACAAAGAUCUUAAUGUUAAUACAAAUUAAUGUUAACUCUUCUUAUGACCACCGCCUUUUUCAAACCUUAACAAACUUUAGUUGCCACAGAAAAUAUCUAAUUCAUAGAAGAUGCAGCUGGACUUCAUGCAGCGAGCUGCCCUGUGACAUGCUAAUCUUUUACUGUAAGUGGAAAAAUCAUACUACUAAACACAUAAUACUCUCCAGCACCAACACGCUAUUUGUAGUUGGUGAAAGAUGUGUGAGCUCAUGUUCACACUAAAGGAAACAUCAUUAUUCAUCGACCACAAAAAGACACUCAGUUCCUGUUCAGCCUCGAUAAGCUGAGGUCAGACAUUAUUCUGUCAGUCACUUCAGUCUGAGUGAAGAUGAGCGUGAUUAUCUGCAGCUGCCUGUUGGCCUUUGCUCUGAGCUGUAAAGUCACUGCAGCAAUAAAUCAUGAAGCAGUCGAGGAGAAGAGCCAGGUCACUCUGCGAUGUCCUCACCCUGUGGGUAAAGUGACGUGGAGCAGAGAGAUUAAUGGAAACAAAGUUGACAUACUUACAGUUGAUGGUGGCAGAGAGAUAAGACACAAUGAUCCAGGCAGACGAUACAGUUCACAGGCAGAUACAUUUAAGUCACUUCUCAUUCUCAGAGCUGCUGCAUCAGACACUGGAAGAUACUUCUGUAAUAAUGAACCAGCUGUGGAGCUGACGGUGAUCCCACCAGGGACAGUCAGACUCACGGCUGCAGAGAGGACCAACGUCACUCUGAAAUGCCCUCCUGAUGUUGGAGGAUCAGCUGUUCCAACAUGGAGCAGAAACUCCAGUGUAAUACGGCAAAAAGGACGUUUUAAUGUUUCACCAGUUGACAAGACGCUGACUAUAACAGACCUGCGGCCUAAAGACUCUGGACUUUACUACUGUGAUGGAAAACCAGCUGCGUAUCUGACUGUGACCAAAGGUAACAAGGCACCACCCAAACCAACCUCAACAACAAGACCAACAACAACAACAUCAACACCAGCAACUACAACAAGACAAACAUCAACACCAACAGAGCCUCGUCCAGCAGCAGCAACAGCACCAUCAACACCACCUGCAAACACUGAUACAACAAAAGAAAAAGAAGGUAAGAAAACAACUGAACAGCACACCUACAGUACAACAUUAACAUCAGAGGCAAAUACAGGUAAGACUACAGUAACGAAACAAAGUCACAACAAGAAACCCAGAAAGAAGAAGAGCAGCAGAAAGAUUCAAAAAAUCUAAAUGAUAAUCGAUUAAAUGUGAUCAAGAACUCAAAGACAAACAAAGAACAAGAUUAAAGCAGAUAUUCAUUCAUAAAGAGAGAUAUAAAUACAUACAAAGGAUGAAGAGGGCGGCUGUGGCUCAGGAGGUGGAGCGGGUUGCACGUUAACUGGAAGAUCAGCGGUUCAAUCCCUCCAGGCUACAUGUCGAAGUGACCUUGGGUCCCUGGUGACUGUUCCACCAGUGCAUGAAGGUGUGUGAAAGGUGAAUGCGAUGUAAAAGCGGUCGGAAAGACUAGAAAGGUGCUAUACAAAUACAGAGCAUUUACAUACGUCUGAAAGCCUAAAAUGAAACCUUAAGUCAUGGAUGUAUUACAGCGUCCUGAGGACAACAGGCUCCUGGACACAGAUGUCUAAGAGGACCCCAAAUCCUCCAACAUAGGAGCGAGACUCCCGGACUGAAGUCAUUUUCUGUC